GCUUGAAGCCAGUUCAGCUGGCAGUUGGCGCGGCUAGCUUUGGCGAACAGUGCAGCGGCGCUGCCACUUACAUACAUGCAUGUGUGUGUGUGUGUGUAUGUGUGCGGAGCGGGAGCUGCUUGUGCCGCCGGCUCUGUUGUGGAGCGUUCGAGCUGUGUAAAAUCGGCUAGAAAACUUUUCGCAAGCAAUACUCUCGACAGUCUUCGCACAAACUUCUAAGCAAAUAGUAGAGGGUUUUGCUGCAGUUUCACAGUUUGAAUUUUAUACUUUUGUAACGUGUAUUAGACGCGACGCGCUGCGCUGGUCAGCUAUAACAUAACGAAUAAAAACAAGCAAUAGCAACAAAGACAAAAAAAAAAAAAUAAAAGAAUGAUAAAUGUAGCUAGAUUCAAAGCAACAAAGUAACUACCUAAUAAUACUCAGACAAUAAAUAAGAAAUAAAAUUUUUUUUGUUUAAAUUAUAAAAUAUUGAAGGGCGGCAAAGGAACGGCGAAACACUUGAAAGGCACGAAGAAGACAACAGACAACAACGGUCAUACAUAUGAAUUUAAUGACCCACAGAUCAACUUGAAAAGAGUUCCAAGUAAAGUGAUUAAAAAAAAUACAAACUACGCUGAAAAAAAUUACCUUAAUAAAAAUAUUUACACAAAUUUCAAGUGUUCCAGCGCGUCGACGUUCGUUGAUCGCAUCAGCAACGCGAAAUAUUUAGAAAAGUUAAUAACAGUUAUUACCAGCGGCAGUGACAGUGAAUUGGAAGAAAAAUUGCAACACCCCAAAGUGUCAGCAGCAACAUUAGAUCGCUUGACAGCAGUACAACGAACCAUAAUACUUUUGUAACAAUAAUAAUAACAGGCGCUUUGCUCCAAUCAGCGCUACUGUUAAGACACGUGAAUCAUUCGACGACACGUCACCAGCGCGGCGAAGUACGCGGGCCACAAACGUCUGCCGCCAACAAUUGAUUGCGCUUGUGUUUAAAUCAUUAGCAGUUAAACAGCUGUGGGACGCUUGCGCUCGCGGCAAAUAAGUUAUACACGCCGCUGUCAGCAAACGAGGCGACAUACGCGGCUGCUGCAAGCUUAGCUAGCCCACACGCUUCCUUUAAAGUGCUGUCGCGGUGCUGGCAACAGUUGGUGCUGCCUUUGGCGCGCGCGCGCCACAACAACAGCGACUGACGCAACGCGUUUAAUAAUCAACAGAGGGAAACAAAUUUAAAUAAUAGAAAACAAGUAUUAAAUUGACAAGAGCAGCGUCGGCAAUAACAAAUUAGCUUCACCUCAUUGUUUUGGUUUGUCGUCGUCGCAGUCGCGCAGUAGUUUCGUUUUCGUCUUCGUAACCGCUUUUUGUUAGCCGCGUUUGGAUUAUUAGCCGGAGCAAAUCAUAUUUGGCGAUGGCGUCACAAGGUGUCGCAGCAGCCAACUCAAGGCUGGCUCAGAUGCAGAUGCGUUUUCAACAGAAACAGCAACAGGAGCGUCAACAACGACGGCUGGAGAUGACUGAUGAGAGCGCCAGCAACUCAGAGGAAGUUGUCGACACCAAACGCGUUACGAACGGGAAGGUGCGUCAAAUGUUCGAUGAGCGACGUCGAGGCGCAGGUAUUGAUCGCGCCAAUCCACUGAAGCCAAUCACCUCAACGGCCAAAGGCACGUCGCCUGUUUUACGUCAGACCGGUGGCGCUAUACACAAUCUACACCAAACGAAAAAUGGCAAUACAACGUCGGUUCGCAUGCGUGGUACGACCAAUGUAUCCACUGGUUCAACGCACGUGCGAAACCCACCAAAACGGCUACAGAAUGGUAAUACUGAUACGCUUACUAAGGAAAUGUCGUCGCUUAGUUUGGGUUUGCACUCGCCCGAUGAGCGCAUCAACAACAACGAUGUAUUGGGACGCGCGAAAUCAUCGAACAGUCUCAAGCUAAAUCCCGUUGUGACCAAGAAAUCACCAUCGCCGGUGACGUCAACACAUGUUGCUAAGCGUCCAGCAAAUACCACACCAACGACUGCGACACGUGUCACACCAGCGCCUAGGACCAGCUCCGCGACAAAAACUAUCAAACGUACUGCAGUAGUUUCAUUGAAGACACCGCCACGAAGAACAUCGGGAAAUAUGGCUUCGAAUACCACCAGAAUGCCCCCCAACGCUGAUGUGGACACAGGAAAUACGGGUGUCUGCCGCUAUUGUAAUCGCCAUUUCAAUACGGAUCGAAUUGCUAAGCACGAGGUAGUAUGCGAGAAAAUGGCACAUACUAAGCGCAAAAUUUUCGAUGCGGCGCGACAUCGUUUGCGCGGCACUGACGCAGAAAAGUUUAUCAAGAAAGCACAAACUCGAAGUAGCACCAAAUCCGCAUACUCCAGUGCUGCUGCUGCUAGCGGCAUGACGGCUGGUUUAAAGAAGAAUAAUUGGCGCAAGAAACACGAAGAAUUCAUACAAGCCAUACGCGCAGCCAAGCAGGUGCAGGCGCAUUUGGCACGCGGCGGCAAAUUGAGUGAUUUGCCACCACCGCCACCUUCGGAAAAUCCUGACUACAUACAGUGUCCACAUUGUAUGCGUCGCUUCAAUGAAUCCGCUGCUGAGCGACACAUUCCGCGCUGCGCCACAAUGCUACACAAUAAGCCCAAGCCGGGUCAGGCGCCGAGAAAAAGAUAGAUAUAUUGUAUGGUGCGCUCCAAAUCAAUCAUAAUUAAAAACAGCCUUUUGUAGACACAAAAACACCCACAAACACAUUUAAUCUCAUAUAAACUAACAACGCCGAGUAGAAAGUGGAUUAGUUGCCUCCUGGUGCUACCAAGACUAGAGGCCAAUUGUCUGCGUGGACCGCCAAGAGUUUAGAUGACGACUUAAUGUUAAUGUAAACAGCGGUAUGCAUACACACCCUGUACAUGUGAUAAAUUAUUAUUGUAAACUUGACUUUUGGAAAAUUAUUAAAAUAUAAAUUAAAUCAAAACCGA